AAAACGCGACCUACAGAUAAAUCAGUAAUCCUGGCCGAAAGACGCGAAACAAGAGUUAAAGCACUACAACGGCAAAUCAGAAUUCACCGACGACUAUAUUACCAACAUUGUUAUAUACACGAAAAAGUUCCUGACCAGCACCCGUUCAAAGACGAAGCUCUAGACGAAUUUGCCACUCCAGCGUGCAAAGAUUGCUACCCAUUCGAGGGAGAAUACAGCGAAGCAUUCAAACAAUAUUGCGAUAUACUCGACCCUUUUAAUAUACGUACAUCGCAACGAACACUAGAAAAAUUCUAUAAUUAUCAAAGAAGCGAGGAUAAAUACGCGAAAGUAAUUGAACUUUUAGAAACAACCGCAUUUGCCGAACCCCCGCAGCAUAUUUCCUCUUUAGUUAACGCAUUAACCUUAACCAAAGGGACGCGGAAGACAAUAAAUAUCGCGACUGAACCAAAACUAACCGCUGAGCAAGUGCAAGAAUUAAAACAACAAGUUGAACAAUUUUUGGCUAGAAAACUCGCGACCUACGAACAAGCAAAGUGGAAAGGCAAAAACCCAGAACGAAUAACAAUCGACAGUACAACGGCUAACGCGUCAGACGAGGACAGUAAUAACCACCAGUAUUAUACCCCAGAGCCUGAGAACGAGCAACAGUACCCAACAUUAGCAGAAGUUACGGGAGCAAAAUAUUACCAACAAAUAGAGGAAAUUACUAGAGCAGUAAGCAAUUUCGCAAGAGAAUACCAAAAUCCGUUUAAUCAAGAAGUGCCGCCAGUAGACUUGACAGAAGUGUUCAGAAAUCUGAAAAUUCCGAAAGGUCAAAACCCUGAAGGAAAAGAGCAGAUAACACUCGCGAACGAACAGGAGGAAGGAAAUAAUCAAGUCGGAAAUCCAGAACCAGACCAAGAAAACAAUCAGCCUAAGGACAACGAGAAUCAAGAUCAAUCCAACGAAGACGAAGCUUUACCUAAUAUCGUACCCCAAAACAACCCUCCAGUAGUAGCUGAUAACUUACCACCACCGUCUCCGGCAUCAUCAAAUAACGGCUCUCAGCCUGCCACUCAACCAAAUUUACCACCAGGAACACCACCACACAGCCCUCACUUACAUCCAGCUCAACUAGACGACGAAGAAGAAGAAAUGACAUCAGUACCAUACCCAGUCUUCGAUGGUACCAACCCCAAAGCAUGGCUCGCACAAAUGGAUAGAGCUCUUAAGGCUAAUGGAGUAAGAGACGAUAAUGAUGACAAGCGCUUGGGAAUUGCUGCAUGCCAUAUGGGACCAUAUCAAGAAUGGAUUGGCCUUUCAAACCCACCAAUAACUCGUUGGACCCAUGCUGGAAAUCCACAAGGAUUCGUACAAAGAUUUACUACAGAAUUCUUUACAAUCGAUACUAAAAGCGAAGCAAUGGAAAUUGCUAGCAGAAGGUCUCAAAAACCAGGUGAAUCCAUUGAUGUUUACAGAGCAGCCCUAGAGAAAAUUUGGCAAGAAUGUGAUCAGGCGGAAUUAACGGACAAUAGGAAGCUAAGAAUGUUCCUAAAUGGGCUUACUCCAGCAAUCCGAAUGUCGGUAAAGCAAACCCAACCAGCAAAUCUGGCAGCAGCUCUAACUACAGCAAAAGCUCAUUAUCGUGCUGUAAAAGAAGAAAUGCAACCCCAAUCCUCGUCCUCAGCGGAACUUGUUCUAACAAAAGCGAAUGGAAUUAGAGAAACAAUACCGUUAGUAGAGAAAACCCAACUACCUCACGUCCGACUGGUAAACAUUGCCGAAGCAAUGGACAUUGACGACCCACAUCCAGAAUGGAAGUGUGCAAAUGGACCCAAGUACUAUCGAUGUAUGACUACCUUCAUACCUGAUGAUAUGGAAGACGAUCGAGAACCGUGCCAUAAAUGCUGA